AUGCUCAAGAGCUCAUCUUUGAUUUCAAAUAGCCCAGGAAUUGUGAAAAAUUCUCCCUACUACACUUCAUCUACCUAGAAUCUAUUUUUCCAAAAAACUCCUAGUAAAUUCACUGAACUUUAAGGUUCCAGCUACAUGCAAGUUAAGAGCUUCGAUAAAUCCAAUGUAAAACACCAAAUAGGGAAUAAAUAGGAAUCUAAAUAGGAGUUGAAAUUAAAUGGUCCUGAUUUCUAUCAUAUCAGCUAGCACCAUCAAGAUGAACUUAAUUAGAAAAGUUCAAAGCUUAAAUUGAAAGUUAUAUAGAAAGAAAACAUAAGGAAUAAUUAUGAAAAGAUUUUCACCAGAUAGGGAGAGUAAAAAGACGAUUAAUACCACAUAAGAGUAUCAAGCAUAUUUGAUAGAAGAUUUUAGAAUCAAAAAUUGACUACUUCACUAAGUAAUUAAACUUCUUAAACUCAAUUAAAAACGCCUCAAACAAAAAAAGUUUUUGAAUAAAACCAGUUUCCAGAACUUCUAAAGUCCUAAAAUUCAAGCAAAAAGUCAAUGAGCAUUAGCUCAAAUAGUGAAAUUCCAAAACCCAGUUUAACUCAAUUAGAAAAAUAAAGAAAUGCUCAUAGAUAUGAGUAAGUUUCAAAUCAUUCAAAUCAGUAUGGAAUAAACUUUGCUCCUGAGUUUAUAGAAACCAAAACUCUCUUUUAAAAGAACAAUCAGAUGAAAUUCAAUAACUCUUAAAAGAAAGUCAUCAAUUUAUCUCCUAUCAGAAGAUUUGAUUCUCUCAAUGAAAAACAUAUGCUUGGUUUAGAAUAAUAGUUAUUAAAUCUAAGCUGGAUAACUUAAAAAGGUUCUUCAUCUCAACAAACAAAAGUCAAUCAAGACAGAUUAAUAGUGAAAAGAAAUGUAUCUAAUAUCGAAAAUGCUUACCUAUUAGCAGUCGCUGAUGGUCAUGGUACAAAUGGGCAUUUCGUAUCAAAGCAGAUUAAAAAAGCCAUUAUUUAAAUAUUUGAAUUCGAAGAUAAGAGGAUGGCUAAGACGUAGCUUAAGCUAAAGAAUAUUGAUUCUAUAUUUGAUCUUUUGGAUAACGUUGAAGAUGGCCACCAAUUAUUUGAAAUUUAUAUCAAAUUGCUACUUCAAAAGUUAUUCUACAGUAUAAAUAAAUAGAUAGAGAGCUAGAAGCAAUAUGAUACUCAACUUAGCGGCAGCACACUAGUUGUUGCUUUAGUAUGCAAGUAGUAUGUUGUAACAGCGAAUUGUGGAGACUCUAGAUGUAUAUUGGUGAAAGAUAAAGAUGGUGAGGUACUUUUCGAGACUGCUGAUCACAAGCCUGAAAAACCAGAAGAAAAAUACAGAAUAGAGUAGUAAUACAAAGGAAAAGUGCGCAAACUUCCAUAAAGAUUUGAGGCUCACAUAGCUGAGGAUCCAGAGUAAUUUGAAGAAUGUGCGUAUAGAGUGUGGUCUCCAGUUCUAGACUUACCAGGACUAGCAAUGUCUAGAUCAAUAGGAGACGGAUUAGCUAAAACAUUAGGAGUCAUUGCUGAUCCUGAUAUAAGUAUUAAACCAUUUAAGAAAGAAGAUAAUAUUCUUGGUAUAAUUUUAGCCUCUGAUGGAAUCUGGGAUGUUAUCAAAUCCUAAGAGUUAGGAAAAAUGAUUGUUAUGCAUGGCAAGAGCUAUGGACCUAAAGAAUUCGUUUCUCGAGUGCUAAAUGAGGCAAAUCGAAGAUGGAUGAAAUAGCCAUAGAAUUUAAUGGAGAAAAAGGCAAACCUAGAUAUCGAUGAUAUCACACUAAUAUUUGGAAUGUUUAAUAAAGAAGAAUGA